AACACCUCCAGCUUUCAGAAACCGAAUAUUCCCAUUUUAAUCCCCCUCCUUGUUGAUAUCUCAACUACACAGAGAAAACCACCCUUGUUUAUAUAACCUUUCCCCAUUCCUUGCCUUUCUUCCUCAAACCACCACAAUACACCUUCCUUCUUCUUCUUCUUCAGAUUCCAGAGAGAGAUCACUUAACUAGAUAACUAAUUAGGGUUUGUGAGAUGGCUGGUUUAGUCAGAACCAGAACCAAGAGAGUGAUAUAUCCGCUCGACGACAAAGUCAAGGCUCGCCUCGUCGGCCGGGAGAGCUACUCCAGCAGCGGCAGCGAGCACUACUCCGCCGACGACGUCUCGCCUUGUCUGUCAGAGCUCGUCCACAGCUUUCUGGAGGAGGAGGAGGAGGAGGAUUCGUCCUCGUCGGAGUCGCCGUUGCCGCGACACGACGACGACGGCGACUAUGACUCGGACCGGCUCGACUCGGUCUCGGUUCGAGCCGGUGCGGUCGAGUGUGUUUUGAGAUCGUCAGCGGCGAAUGCGGACCCUUAUGCUAAGGUGCUGGUUGUUGACGUGGCGGAGGCGGUGGAGGCUUUCUCCUCGUGUAUGAUGAGAUCGGACAAGUCUGCUAUGCAGAGGAACGUCACGUCGUUUUUGAGGGGGAAGGGCCACAAUGCGGCGAUCUGCAAGACCAAGUGGAGCUCCGCCGGCGGCAUCACCGCGGGACACUACGAGUUCAUCGACGUAAUCGCCAACUCUUCCGCCACGUGGCGGAAGCAGAGCACCAGCAGCAACAGGUACUUCGUGGACGUGGACUUCGCCGCCGAGUUCGAGAUCGCGCGGCCGUCUAGCCAGUACUCGCAGCUCUCUCAAUCUCUGCCACGUCACUUCGUGGGCUGCUCCGACGACCUGAAAAGGAUCGUCCGGGUGAUGUGCGACGUCGCGAAGAAGUCUCUGAGGAGCCGAGAGCUGUCAGUGCCACCGUGGCGGAAGAACCGUUACAUGCAGAACAAGUGGUUCGGUCCAUACAAGAGGACGGUUAACUCGUCGCCGGAAAACCUGCUCACGCGCGCGUCGCCUCUGUUCCCACAGGGCUCAGGCCCCAAAUGCCGUUGGAUCGGGUUCGACGACGUCGUUUCCGACACCAGCGUUGUCACCGGCCGUGUCUAUAUCCGGACUUAGAAUGGAUGAGAUUGAUUAUUUGCUCCAAUGGGAAUGCAAAUAAAUAAUCACAUUUCGUUUUCUUUUUUUUCUUUUUUUUUCUUAGUGUAACGCGGCAAACGCACAUUGUUGUACAUUGACGGCGGAUUUAUAAAUUUUGACUAAUUUGAUAAUCACUUUGACUUUGAAUCGGCCGGUGACCGGAUGAGGGCUCGCCGGAACACCGUAGAGGUUGGAGUGGUGGGGUGUUUAUCCAUAACGGGGUAUAUAGAUGAGGAUGACAGAUGGAGCACCGUUUACUGGUGUUGCUUUCAGGCCGGUGAUGGUGGGUUGGUGACAAGUGAUGUCUCGUUUUUGGA